AUGGUAGUCACUACUAGAAAGACCGAGGGGUCUACUGAGUACAACCAGUCCAAGGAGUUUACUGAGUACAACCAGACCGAGGGGACUACUGAGUACAACCAGACCAAGGGGUCUACUGAGUACAACCAGUCCAAGGAGUUUACUGAGUACAACCAGUCCGAGGGGUUCACGGUGUACAAAGAGAUCUUUGAUCCAACCCGUCCACCAAGUAUAAAAGAGGUUGCUGAGUAUGCAGUAAGACUGGGUAUAGACCCUGAACUUGAACCUGAACUACUUUAUCUAGCUGAACAAGGUCUAUUAGCUCAACUACCUCCACACUGGAAACCAUGAAAAAGACGUUCCACAGUCUACAAAAGAAAAGGAUGAAACGGCAGUGCUAGAAGCACAAAUUGAUUAUUCACAAGGAGGACGUGUUGUCUCAUCAAAGAAUGAUUCAGAAGGAGGGCUAGGUCACCUCCAUGAAGACUUUGAUAAUUUAAGUGGAGAGAAGGAAGGAGAAAUGGAACUAAGACCGGCAAAACUUACGCCUUUGGGCCCAAUUGGUGGCCUGAAGCCUGCCUUACCACCUUUGAAAAAGCUGUCUCCCCUUGGAAUACCUGGAACUGGUCCACAAAGUAACGGAAAUCCAUUGCAGAAAUCAGUAUUAGGAUCAUUGGACAAAUCGAAACAAAAUGAAGUUCCUUUACCACAGAAAAACAAAAUGUCGGCUCUUAAAAACAAGAUGGUGGAUCAAGGAGAGAAAAUGGCGGGAAAUUUUCCGAAGUCCAAAACUUUAAGCUUGAAAGCAAAUACUGACUUCAGAAAAAAGCCAAGUGAAUCGAGUGAGGAAAAUUCUUCCGAAUCAGACAACUUAUUGAACCAAAUAAAAUCAAAAUAUAGUGAGCCUGAGGACAACUUGAGACAGGGUGUCAGAGGAAUUCUAAAAUCAAAACUUUCAGAUUCAGAAUCCCAAGAAAACAGGUGUAAACGGUCUGAGGCAGCUGUGAGGGAUGAUAAAAGAAUCAUGUUCAAUCUUGAUGCUAAUAUUGAGUUUGCUUCAGAGACUGACGAAUCUGAUACUUCCUCCAAUAUAGUUUCUUCACACCAGAGACGGGAACAGUUUUGUAAAAGUAAACAACUUUCAAAACCAUCUCUAGAGAAGGUAGGGAUGGAUAUAAAACCAUCUUUAGAGAAGGUAGAGACGGAUAAGAAACCAUCUCUAGAGACGGUAGGGACGGAUAUAAAACCUUCUCCUGAUAAAACCAUGAAGGUGAAGAAUGAAGAUAAGUUUCCCAAACCUUUAAUCCGGAAGUUGAGUUCGUCUGUGAGUGAUGAGGAUACUCCUGUCACCGGAUUCAUGAAUAAAAGUGGGUUGGAUGUCUGCAAUUUAAUUCCAUCUGGUGAUAUUGAUCAUGAUCGAUCACAGGAAAUUGAUCCUGAUCAAUCUGAAGAUGAGUUUUCUGAUCAAUACAAAUAUUCAAAAGACAGAGACAAUUCAGAAGAAUCAGAAAGCGACGAUUUGGGAGAAAAAUUACGAAGCUUUUUAAAUACUGAUGAUCGCUUGGAGCCGAGCAAAAAUGAAAGAGGAAUGGGAAGGGGCUAUGGUGGAUUAAUGAAGAAACAAGAAGCUUUGAAAACUCCAGAAUUGGAAAUUACUCAAAAAUCUCAAAUGUAUGAAGACAAUGACAGUGAAAGUUUUGAGAAUGAGCAGAUCGUGGAAAAGGAGGAUAAAGAUGAUAGUAUUGAUAUUCAGACUUGCAUGCUACAGCGGACAAAAUCAAACAAGAAAUCUCUUCUUAGAAACUUGGUUCAAAGAAGGAGUUUAGAUGAAGGGAAAAAAGAAAAAGAAAUUGACGAUGGAGAAAAAGGAAAAGUCGAAGAAGAGUUUAGUGAAACUAAUAUUGCUCUACAAGGAAUCAAGUUGGCUUCAUCCACGCUGUCUGUACUCAAAGCAAAAAAAGAGGAAUUACUACACCGAGAAGAAUCAGAGAAAAGCAGAAACCGGUUUAAUAUUUCCGGAUCCGGAAAUAUUUCGGAUAAGGUUAUUCAGCCUUCCGAUUCGGAGCGGAAAUCCUGUAAUCUUGACGAAGAAAAAGUGAAGGAGAUAAUGAAAAAUGAAAUUAAUUUGUUAAAAGAGGAAUUGAAAGAAGAUGAGAGUAAGAAUAGAGAAGAACUUAACAGAGGAAUAGAAUCCAAAUUCCUGCUGCUUGAAACCCGAAUAUCCGAAAUAAAACCUAAACCUGGAGAAACCAGUGUUCCAGGAUACCCGGAGCAAAGUUGGCGGGAUGCUCUGGACCUGGAGAUUAAAUCUCUCAGAUCAAAUAUCAAUCAGGAUUUGGAAACGGCUCUCACAUCCUUUAAGGAAGGAGUCAAGAAAGAUUUAGAGGAGACGGUGAGUAUUAAAACUCACCGAGAUCUUGAGAAACUGAAUGAAGAGAUUGAACGGAGGGAAGUGGAGAGAGCAGAACUGAGAAGAAAAGAAGAAUUAACUAGCAGGGAGGAGGAGGGGAGGAGAAGGGAAGACGAAGAGGAGAAAAGAAGAAACGAUCUAAAGGAUUUAUUUGAGAAAGAAAGAGAAGAAGGCAAGACAAUUAUGAGAAAUCUGGAGGAAAAAGUAAAAACAGAUUUGAAAAACGAAAUUGAAGAACUAAGGAACCAAAUACUGGAGGAAAUACGAGAAUUACAUUUGACGAACAAGGUUGAAUCUCCGAGCGUGGAAGAGGACAAAUCUGCUGAGACGGCUGAGGAAAAGGACGAAUCUCCGAGGACGGGUGAGGAUACGAAGACGAUGUUUGAGCGGAAACUGGAGCUGGAGAUAUCAACGGUGAAGGACCGGAUGAAGAAUGAGUUCGCGAGGGAAGUCGAGGGACUUGAGGAGGAAAUUAGAGAACUGCGGCUUAAGCUGGACUUAAAAGAUGAAGCAGAAACUUCAAGAGAACAUCCAGGUUCUAGCUCAAGUUCGGAAUACGAGUUGGAUUUGAUCCCCAACAGAAGAACAUCAGCCAAACAAAGACCUGCUGUGUCAGCUCGAGUACUUGAGAGUGAUGUAGACAGUGUUUAUGAGUCAUCAUUUGCUGAAUUCAACAAGUCCUUGGCUGUUCUUGUUCAUCGCCUGAACACUUUAGAGCGAAGUGUUGCGCCUUUCACCGGAACCAGCCCACCUAGUGCGGCAUUUAGAAAAAACAGCGCGGCAUUCUGCAGAACUAACACGUGGUUUAAUCCGUCAGCUGUUCACUCAUCUGAAAGAAAUGGAGUCCGUCUCUCUCGAGGGGAAAGAAACGGGACUAUUUUAAACACAUUGUACACAUCUGAUCCUAAUCUAGUUGUACGUGGAACCAUAAACCGGUUUUCAGAUUCUACAAAACUCCCCCCUGGACUAAAUACCAGCUCUAUAGACGAGCAGAUUAACCAAACCAAACAGUGGCUCAAACAAAGAACUUUAAAUCUAAAAUAAUUUUCCUGGAAAAAAUAUUAUGAAUACUGUGAAAGAAGAUCCAUACAAAGACGAAGUACCUGAUAAUGAUAAAGUAUUCAAUUUGUUAUUAUUUAAAAAAAAAAAGAAAAAAAAGCUCUCCCAGCUCUAUGCAAGAGGCCCGGUGGUGUCAGUAAACCUAAACAUAUCAAAUUUACAUAUCUUCAAAGAGCUAAAUUAAAAAGUGUGGAACAAAUCACGAGGUUGAUAGCUUCCAAGAUUUAAAACUUGCCGCGGAACUGUUUUUUACAAAAAGUUCUUGUUCUGCAAUGAUUUAAAAUAAAACAAAUUUGUGCCAACUUUUUCUAUGAUCUUUAUAAUUCUUCCCAAUCCCUUCUGAAUACUUCCAAACACCGAUUUUUACUUUUUAUACAGUUGCUGCAAUAUCAAAGUAAAAAAAUAUCGAAAUUUUCACAUUCUUUUGCAGAACAGAGUAGAUAUUUCGUGAAAAUAGCGUAAAUUUUCGUAUUUUUUUUGGGAGCGAACGAGAUGCGAAAAAUUUGUUUUCGCUAAACGAUGUCCCCUUUUUGCUGGAGCAUCAACUUACACCCUAAUGGGUAUCUUCGCGUUUAUCUUUCUCGAAUAAUAUAGCUCUUUGCUGAUCUAGCUAUUUGCAGGCCUCUCGUACAUUGUUUUGUUAUCAUUGGUAGAAUCUUCCCACAACCUACAUGUUUGCAACCUUAUAGUGUACACAUUACAUGUUACAAACUUAGAUCAUUUGAUUCAACAGAAUUUACAGUUAUAAAUAUUUAACGUCUACGACAUAGGGUUGAAAAGGAACAGGGAUUAGAAAAUCAGAGUUUGUGGCAAAGACUCAAUUUCUAGAUUACAUUAUUACAAGUUGACUGGCCAUAAACCUUUCCUGGGGUCAAAUUGUAAAUAGCUGCUAUUAUAAAGUUAUAAAGGGGGGUGGUUG